UCCCGUGUCUGGCUUCCGGUUCGCCGCAACCACCUCCGCCGCGCGCCUCCUCCGCCACCGCGGACUCAGGCAGCUUUCUCGCCAGAGUCCUUGAACUCUUGCUUUCUCUUUAAUCCGCUGCAUCGGAUCACCGGCGUGCCCCGUCAUGUCAGACGCGGCCGUGGACACCAGCUCCGAGAUCACCACCAAAGACUUAAAGGAGAAGAAGGAAGUUGUGGAGAAGGCAGAGAAUGGAAGAGACGCGCCUGCUGAUGGGAACGCUAAUGAGGAAAAUGGGGAGCAGGAGGCCGACAAUGAGGUAGAUGAAGAAGAGGAAGGGGGGGAGGAAGAGGAGGAGGAGGAGGAAGGCGAUGGUGAGGAAGAGGACAGAGACGAAGACGAGGAGGCCGAGGCAGCUACGGGCAAACGGGCAGCUGAAGACGAUGAGGAUGACGAUGUCGAUACCAAGAAGCAGAAGACCGAUGAGGAUGACUAGACAGCAAAAAAGGAAAAGUUAAACUUAACAAAAAAAAAAAAAAAAAAAAGGCCACCGUGACCUAUUCACCCUCCACUUCCCGUCUCAGAAUCUAAACGUGGUCACCUUCGAGUAGAGAGUCCCGCCCGCCUGCCCAACGCGGGCAGCGCCACCCGCAGAUGACACACGCUCUCCGCCACCCAGCCAAAACCACAACGUGAAUUUGCAACAGGGGAGGAAAAAAGAACCAAAACUUCCAAGGCCCUGCUUUUUUUCUUAAAAGUACUUUAAAAAGGAAAAUUUGUUUGUAGUUUUUAUUUACAUUUUAUAUUUUUGUACAUAUUGUUAGGGGUCAGCCAUUUUUAAUGAUCUCGGAUGACCAAAGCAGCCUUUGGAGCGUUCUCUGUCCUACUUCUGACUUUACUUGUGGUGUGAUCAUGUUCAUUAUAAUCUCAAAGGAGAAAAAAAACCUUGUAAAAAAAAAAGCAAAAACAACAACAAAAAAACAAUCUUACUCCGAGCAUUCCAGUAACUUUUUUUGUGUAUGUGCUUAGCUGUACUGUAAGUAGUUGGUUUGUAUGAGAUGGUUAAAAAGGCCAAAGAUAAAAGGUUUCUUUCUUUCCUUUUUUGUCUAUGAAGUUGCUGUUUAUUUUUUUUGGCCUGUUUGAUGUAUGUGUGAAACAAUGUUGUCCAACAAUAAACCGGAAUUUUAUUUUGCUGAGUUGUU